GCAGACGCCCCAAGAUUGUUGUGAGGCGUCUAGCCAGUUGGUGAGUGCUGUAAUCUGAACCAGCUGUGUCCAGACUGAGGCCCCAUUUGCAUUGUUUAACAUACUUAGAAAAUGAAGUGUUCAUUUUUAACAUUCCUCCUCCAAUUGGUUUAAUGCUGAAUUACUGAAGAGGGCUAAGCAAAACCAGGUGCUUUCUCUGUCAGCACUCCAGUGGCUCGGAGGACCCAGGCUCUCCCCUUGUCCUCUCCUCGCCUCGCUCGUCCCCCCUGGAAUAAAAGUAUCGGCGAGCCCCACAGGCCCAGAGGAGGCCGAAGUUCAGGAACUGCUCCGAGGGUCCCGCGCUGAGAGCUCUCCAUCUUUUCCCCCUUGCUUCUCCUGCCCACGCAUCUUGGACAUGCCAGGAUUAAAAAGGAUACUCACUGUGACCAUUCUGGCUCUCUGUCUUCCAAGUCCUGGGAAUGCACAGCAACAAUGCACUAACGGCUUUGACCUGGACCGCUCAUCAGGACAGUGUCUAGAUAUUGAUGAGUGCCGGACCAUCCCUGAGGCCUGCCGAGGAGACAUGAUGUGUGUUAACCAAAACGGCGGGUAUUUAUGCAUCCCCCGAACAAACCCAGUGUAUCGAGGGCCCUACUCCAACCCCUACUCCAACCCCUACUCAGGUCCGUACCCAGCAGCUGCACCCCCGCUGUCAGCUCCAAACUACCCCACGAUUUCGAGGCCUCUCAUGUGUCGCCUUGGAUACCAGAUGGAUGAAGGCAACCAGUGUGUAGACGUGGACGAGUGUGCAACGGAUUCCCACCAGUGCAACCCUACCCAGAUUUGCAUCAACACAGAAGGAGGGUAUACCUGCUCCUGCACUGACGGCUAUUGGCUGCUCGAAGGCCAGUGCUUAGACAUUGAUGAAUGUCGCUAUGGCUACUGUCAGCAGCUGUGUGCGAAUGUUCCUGGAUCUUAUUCUUGUACGUGCAACCCUGGUUUCACCCUCAACGAGGAUGGAAGGUCUUGCCAAGAUGUGAACGAGUGUGCAACUGAGAACCCCUGCGUGCAAACCUGCGUCAACACCUAUGGCUCUUUCAUCUGCCGCUGCGACCCGGGAUAUGAGCUUGAGGAUGAUGGAGUUCAUUGCAGUGAUAUGGACGAGUGCAGCUUCUCUGAGUUCCUCUGCCAACAUGAGUGUGUGAACCAGCCUGGCACGUACUUCUGCUCCUGCCCAGCUGGCUACAUCCUGCUGGAUGACAACCGAAGCUGCCAAGACAUCAACGAGUGUGAGCACAGAAACCACACGUGCAUCCUGCAGCAAACUUGCUACAAUUUGCAAGGGGGCUUCAAGUGCAUUGACCCCAUCCGCUGCGAGGAGCCUUAUCUGCGGAUCAGCGAUAACCGCUGUAUGUGUCCCGCUGAGAAUCCUGGCUGCAGAGACCAGCCCUUCACCAUCUUGUACCGGGAUAUGGACGUGGUGUCUGGACGCUCUGUUCCUGCUGACAUCUUCCAAAUGCAAGCAACGACCCGCUACCCUGGGGCUUAUUACAUUUUCCAGAUCAAGUCUGGGAAUGAGGGCAGAGAAUUCUAUAUGCGGCAAACAGGCCCCAUCAGUGCCACCCUGGUGAUGACACGCCCCAUCAAAGGGCCCCGGGAAAUACAGCUGGACUUGGAAAUGAUCACUGUCAACACCGUCAUCAACUUCAGAGGCAGCUCUGUGAUCCGACUGCGGAUAUACGUGUCUCAGUACCCGUUCUGAGCCCUGGGCUGGAGUCUCUGACACUGCCUCUCAACAGCACCAAGGGACAGGAGAAGCGGAGAGACCAGAGGGAGAAUGAGAGCGAGAAAGACGCGAUGCCCUUCCUGCUGAAUCUCUCCUGGGGAGUCAGCCCCGAGUCCCGACCACGCCUGUAUUAUUAUAAACCCCGUCACUUUGAAGGACAUGCUUCCCCAGUUGCUAUGACACAGUUAUCAAAAAGCAUUAUCAUUGGCACCCUAACCCGAGAUCGACGGUGAUUUUUCAAGGCCUUCAGUUUAUUUCCAUAUUUUUCAAAGAAAACAGAUUAGGUUGGCUGGGGUCUGAGUCCACGUUCAAAAACUGUGAACCGCUUCCUCUCACCUCCUCCAGGCCUUCUUUCUAUCUCUUCCCUGAUUGCUUCUUUGCCAAGGCCCAAAAUGCUCCUGGGGAUGCUGGGUGUAGCUAGCUUGCUUCUUGCAUGUACAGAGAAGGCUAUGGGAAGAAACCACAGCAGGAUCUAAGGGUUUUUAAAGAGUCUAUUUCAAAGCCAUGUCUGGUAUUUUCAUCCAUAAAAGAAGUUUUAGUUGUCCUUAAAUCUGUAUAACUGUUUAAUCCUUUCUUGUUCAUUUGAGUAUUUUUUUUUUUAAUCCACGGUAGAAUUCCUUCAAAAGGCCUUAAGGCACAUGUUAUGGUCUGUCUUCCCAAACCCAGUCUCCUCUCCAUUUUAGCCCAACGUUUUCUUUGAGGACCCCUUCAUCAUGCUUUCUUUAGAAUUUUUACACAACUGGGUUGGAAGGCAGAUGUCUCCAAACUGAUUAAAUAUUUGAAGAGA